UUUCAGUUCUCGACGGUGAUUGGGCAUCACGUCGGACUUGCACGUUGAAGUGAAAAUUCGCCGUUCGCGUUGGGUCGCCCGACGCCUCACUCCACAGCCCGAAUGAGCGCCCGCACCAAGUUCCCCGUCGUCCUCAUCCACGGCAAGAUCGCGAUAACUCCAUCUAAUACAUUGGUACAGUCUUUAAACCUUUAUCUUGUGUUGUAUACAGGUGUGUUCGGCUUCGGAAAGCAGCGGCCGUUGUGGGGUCACUGGGUUCCGUACUGGCCCGAGCGGGAGCUCAAUCGUAUCAAUCCCAACCAUUUGCUCGUAGACGUAGGCAGCGUAUCCUCAGACCACGAUCGCGCCUGUGAAGUUUUUUACCAAUUGGUCGGGGGCCGAGUGGACUACGGAGAACAACACUCAAAUGACACAGGCCACGAUCGCUAUGGAGAGAUGUUCGACAAUCCCCUACACCCCAAUUGGAGCGAAGACAACCCCGUACACUUACUGGGUCACAGUUUCGGGUCCACCACGGCCAUCGAGCUGUUCCAGUUGCUAAGUACGGAUUUCUUUCAAGUCGGCAGUUCGCACAAGUGGAUUGCUAGUAUCACAUGCAUCGCUGGGCCUUUGACAGGCUCAACCUUGACCCAUAUGAUCGGUAUGGAGACCAGUAGAGUGGUGCCUGGGGGGAUCGUUCACUUGAUGUCCAUCGUGUUUGGCGCGUGGAUCCAGUUGUACUGGAAGUUCCCGAUCCUCAAGAACGCAGCGGAUCUCCGCAUGGACCAAUGGAACAAAUACUCACUUAAAGACCUUCUGGUUGCCAAUGGACCCGUCACCUCGUCGGGAGAUCUCGUGGUGCAUGGCACGAUACCAGAGUAUCGCAUCUCACGCAACGCUCAACUGCAGAACAUGGACAAGCUGCAUUUACUGAGUAUCACCACGUCACCUAAGACGGUGUAUCGUCCAUUCGGUGAAGGUAUGGCGCUUGCCGUGUUGGUACUACUGCGUUGGAAUAAAUUUCCAAAGUGGUGGCCUGGAUUGGCUCGACGUCGCGGGUUUCGAGCCUUUGCUAGUUUCUUGGUCGUGUGCUACUUGUGGUUUAAACUCAAGAAACUCGACGUGUCCAAGAUGCCGUCCAUGUACGGCCUCAAGUGGCUCAUUCGACGUCGUGCUCGCAGUCUCCCGAUGAUCUUCGACGGCUUUGAAGCAGGCAGUUGGGAGCACAACGACGGCGUCGUGAACAUCCGCUCCAUGUUAAGACCGUGGUUUCCUAAGCCUCAAGAGAUGGAGAGAGCGCUCAGCAGCAACGACUUGACUCCGCCUGCUCCUUCUCUUCCAGCGACGUCGUCUUCUUCGUCGUUGAAAGACACGGCGUUGGCACGUUGCGAGUCUCACAUCUCCAUCGAUGGCUUCAAUCGAGAUACGGACGACGAACAGCAGACUCACGGAGCCAAACGCUUUGAAAAGGGACGAUGGUAUGUAUACCGUGUGGACAGCAACCACCUCGCUGGAACAUACUGGGACAGCAACGCAGCCGAUCUGUACAAGAGUUUAUUCACGUUGAUGAGCAAGGAGUACGAACGAGAGGACUCCAAAACCAGUGGCGUAUGCCAUCAAACAAACCGCCACACCACUGCUCCGUUCUACAGCUGAUAACAUAAUUACAGCAUAUUACAUGUUGCAUAAUACAACAUCAUUUUUCCA